UUUUCUGUCUCGUGAUUCCGCUUCUCAUGUUUCUGUCCUGUUCCAAGCACAUCUACGCGUGAUAAAAUCCGCUGGCCCCUGGCUCAUCGCACACCCUGCAGUCGACCCAUCAGCGAAAUCCCCGCCCCCAUCAUGUAACACCCUCUUCCUUCGCCUCCUAUAUUCUGCUUAACACAACGACGGUGUAGCAUUUGACGAUACAAGUCGACAUUGCACAGGCGCCCCAGUGCAUUGGGCAGACAGCCUGUAUAAUGAUCAAUCCAAGAAAUGGAAGCAAUACGCCCAAAACAUCCGCUUAGAUUGGAUGACGGGACCGCACUGAUUUCUGGAAUUCUCACUUGUAGUGGCUUAUCUCGCACCAAACCUCAAGGAUGGGCAUGUAUUCUGCCCUCUACCCUUCGUUACUUAAAUGCCAUCCCAUCUUCUCUCGGACCAUUGCACGCGGCCGUCUCAAAUCGCAUACAAAUGCGUUUGGGGCUCACGCAAGGCCAUCUCUCUGUGCCUCGAUACUGUCGUCAAUCUGACGGCUACAUCGAACAUCACAACUCUAUUGGUGACGAUGGGAAAUUCCUUGUUGGCCAAGUCGUCGAAGAGACGAAUGCAAUGUGUAAGUACCUCAGUACAUCCGUACCUAUUGUGAGCGUCCAACCCCCCCGGGCGACAACCCACCAGAAGGCCUUGGGAAGGGGAAUGGGCAAGACCGACGGAGAUCCUACGACAGGCAGGACACUGUUCGUCCACAUCGGUUAUUACUGUUCGGCAUGGUUUGGUCUGCCCCAAUCAUCCAUGACCAUGCAUGCCCUUCUUGCUUGUCCCGCUGAAGCCGGUGCCUCACUGCCGGGGACCAGCAGCCACUCGGCCGACCAAGCCACGAGGCCAGCCGACAUGUUGUCCAACCACGACGGCUGUCCCUUGACUGGUCACCUUGCUUUGCAGUGGCCCCCAUUGCAUCUCGCGUUACCGCUCACAUGCAUGCUUGUCAACAAGGCAAUGGUGUCGUGUCAUGCACGAAACUACUUUGCCCACCCGCCGGUGCACAUUCUGCGAAAUAUCCGAUCGUUCAUCAAUCUGCGGUUGCCUCUGCCUUAAACCCCCAGAGAAACCAGUUUCAACACAGGGGGUGUGAUAGGUCAUCGUUUGACCAGCGGGCCAUCCGGCAUCCCCGAUUUGCUCUGCUUGUGAAAUUAUCGCAAGACACCUGCGAGUGAAACGUCAAAGGCUUAAGAUGCCACCGCGAUGGGCAACUAAACUUGCUCAACCUGACCGGAAGCAUGUAACAACAUCUGAGUUGUUUCCCUGGCUCUGACCGGCCAACACCAGGCGCACAACUUCUGGUACCCAAUCUCUUG